AUGAAGGGUCUCAAGGAUGUCGCUGAAAAAAUCAUCACGAAAGGAGCCAAUCUUGAUUUAGGAGAUUGUCAUUUUCGGACACCUCUUCAUCAUGCUGCUAUGAAUGAUCACAUGGAGGUUGUUGAAUUGCUCAUCACGAAAAAAGCUAAAGUUGAUCCUAUAGACGAUCUUGGGCGGACACCUCUUCAUUAUGCUGCUAAGAAUGGCAACUUACAGAUCGCUCAACUCCUUGUGAACGAUGGAGCCAGUGUUACUGUUAAAGACUUUUCUAAUCAGACACCGUAUCAAAUAGCUGCUACUCGUAUCUCACGAAAUGAAAAUUACAAGAAGGUUGCUGACUAUCUUGAGGGGAUUGAAGAGAAAAGGCACAACGGACAUAA